AUGGCCACUGGCUUCCCUGCCUGGAUCCACAACCUUUCAACUCCCUUGCCCCUGGACCAAGUCCCCCGUCAUAUCCGCUUAGUAGGAGUAUCAUUAAACAUCCCUUCGGGACAGGCCAACUGCUUUGAACCACAGCCAGCCUCGCCCCAGGCGGAAGCACAUGUCGGUUUUCAUUCUCAUGGCAAAGCAAUAAUUUCCCAGAACAUAGACGAAUACGCCCUCAUCAACCAUACCAUUGGGUUCCAUGGCCAGAAAGCAUUUAGCAAUAUGCAGAAGUCAUACAAGAGGGUGGCCAUACCAAGCCAAGCUGUGCACCAGAGCUUGAAGUGA